AUGUUCUCUGAAUAUGCCUCACGAUUCCUUGCUCAGUCACAGUCGCGAGUAACCUCACGACCAGAUGAGGUUCAAAGAACGGGUCGUAGCCGCCCUGGUCAGCAUCAAGGCAACCCUCGACACCCUUCAUCUCGCUCCUUCUUACGACCUACCGAUCCUUAUCGACCGGGUGCAUCCCAGGCAUCUCAAUUUCCUUUUGCCCCCCGCAGCUCGGUUCAACAAGCUCCCCUUUUCUUCAGUGCCACUGAUGAAUUUCGAGAGGAAGAUGACGAAACAGAACGCGAGCGAGAAAUCGCUGAUUUCUAUGCACUCCAACGAUCAAGGCGGCAGUUUGGCGACAGCAACUUGAAGGAAUCCUCAGAACUUGAGGAUUCUGAACGUUCAGGUUUCGAGGAGGAAAGCUCACCAUACAACGAUCGCCCUAGCAAAGGCAUCAAGAGCUCAUGGCGGGGAGAAGAGGGUGCUUUUGGUGCUCGUCCUUUUCCUAUCGAAUCUGUGGCAGAAGCUCCAGAGCAUGAACCGGCAUCUCGAUCCAGCCCAAGCAGUAGCAAAGUUCGCGGCCAUUUAGUUGAUGUCGGUCUGGAGGAUUCGUUACGGGCCGAUUUUGACGAUGAUCAAGCUAUAUCCAGUGCCGGUGCCCACGAUCCACCUGUUCAGCGAUUCCGAGAACGAGAACUAUUGAAGGAGCCCGCUGGUCCCAGCCAGCAUGGGCCUACUGUAGAGCAGGCUGAGCUUUUAUCGCAAGACGCUCCACGGCCACCCAGCUCGGCAAGCUCAUUUCCAACAUCGGUAUCACCACUUGCCUCAGAAAACACAGUGCACGAUGCCUUUUGGGGCCAGUUGUUUUUGAUAUCUCUCGCCGGAUUGUUUGCUUCUGCAUUUCUCGUGUACCUUCACACAUCUACCCCAUCUGGAGACAAAUCAAGAUGGGGCGAUACAAUAUACAUGACUGUCCAUGGAUCGUUCUUCCUUCUCGGGAUAUAUACUAUUGUAUCUGUUCUUGUGUCCCUUCUUUGGUUGGCCUUACUACGAUCCUAUGUGCGACUUCUGGUCCAUGUGAUCCUAGUCGCUGUUCCCACUAUCUUAUAUUCUUUCUCUUUAUAUUCUUUCAUCUCAAGUUUCAAGGGACCAUGGCAUGGGACGAGUAUCCAAGACAAGGCGAUGAGAUGGGGCUCUGCUGUCCCGUUUCUCAUAGCUACCAUGUGGAUCUACAAUGUUGUGCGUGGCCGUCAGUCUAUAGGGAAGGCCAUAGGCAUUCUUGAAUUUGCCUGUCGAAUCUUGGCCGCCAAUCCCGAGCUGCUUGCUCUUGGUAUAGGUGCCUUGGUCUGCGUUGUUUCCUGGACGUGGAUCUGGAUGCUCAUGUUCACUCGCGUCUUCUUGGGCGGUCAUCUUGUUAGCUCGAAAUCGUUCAUCAUUGACGUGGGUAGCUGGUGGCUCGGUAUCUAUUUCGUUGUCGUUUAUCUGUGGUCGAUUGGCGUCAUCGCAGGCAUCCAGCGUGCUGUCACCGCUGCAACAGUGAGCCAGUGGUAUUUCCACCGUUUGGCCACACCGGCACCCACCUCGAGGCAAAUUGUUCAGGCAGCCGUCGUUCACGCCGCCACAACUCUCUUCGGCACGAUCUCUUUGUCCAGACUACUAGGACUGUUGGUUCGACUUCCUCUUCUUUUGCUACCAGGUCGCAUCUCCUCGUUGCUCAGUCUGUUCGCCUAUUCACUCGUCCCCACCCCCAUUACUUACUUGACCAAUCCUCUUUCUCUUACAUAUGCAGCGAUUCAUUCGCAGCCUCUUGCCGCUUCUUCCCGGGGUUUGAGCCAAAUGACUGUCCUUGCUCCAUCAGCGGCCUCAACGUCUUUACAUCCCCGUUCCUAUUCUCGGUCCCCCGGGAGCUCGGGGUCUCUACUCUCAUACAAGCUGUCUAAAUUGAUCCUCUACGCUGCGCGCUUCAUGAUGUCCUUGGCCUUGGGGUUCGGUGGUUGGGUGACCACUGCUCGGAGCCUGACAACCUCUGCGUCCGGUGGCACCAUUCGUGGCAGUCUUUAUGCCUACGUCGUCGGUCUUAUUGCUGGAACAAUUGGCUGGACCACACUGGGUGCAAUGGAAGGUGUGAUCGCAGAUAUUGUAGAUGCAGCGGUGAUAUGCUGGGCAAGCGAAGUCGGCAUUUACGGCAGAGAAGCCCGGUAUUGCCGCGAGGCUGGUUGGCUCUUUGGUGACUCGCAGAAUCGCUUCGGACCUGAAUAUCAAGAGGUCUAG